AUGGGCCUGUCAGAGCUGACCUAUGAGGAUUUUUUGUGGGCUUCCACAGUGGUCAAGACACGUGUGUACUUGCCGCCUCCGACGUAUUCUUUCAUGCCUCUUGCAGACAUGAUGAACACGGAGCCCCAGCCGAACAUGGAUGUUUAUGACAGUUUGGAAACAGAUUGUGGUGAUGUGGAGUACUAUGGGAUCCUUCCGAGAUGCGACUCCCAAGUCCGCUGUGGACAGGAGUUGACACAGGCCUACAGACCCGUGGACAACUCUGAACGACUCUUCAGGCGCGCAUUGUCAGGGAUCCUUGCCCCGCUGAGUCUCCGUGGCGAUACGGGUAGCAUUUUGCAGCACAAUGUAGCCGAGGCUUGCCACAAUCUCAAGACUAGAACACGUGUCGUGGCGACUAUUGCACCAACAGCAGCAGUGGAAAUAACAGAUCAUCUCAAAGUCAUAAAGGAGGUUCCGAGCAUGAAGGUCCCCAUGUUUGUACGCGGUAUAGGGUGGAUGAUGCCUUGA